ACGACGGUCUUGAGCAUGUAUUCUCGCGGGAACAGCGCAUACCUCGUUCUGUUAAAGCAGGGCAUACAACAAUAACAGCGGUCAACUUUCAAAAUCAAGAGUCAAGCCUUCCAUGUCUGUACCCAAGUCCACAGAGUCCCUGGGUUCUGGCUGUGAUGUUCCAGCCCAGAGAACCUCAAAGCAGGGUCCAGAGAUGGUGUCAUUGAAGCUGGAGGACUGCAGUCAAACACUGGAACUUAAUGUGAUUGUCAAAGAGGAAUGGGAGGAGAGAGAAAUCGAGGAGGAGAGAGGAGUCAAAGAGGAGGUGGAAGAGCGAGAAGUCAAAGAGGAGGAGAGAGGAGUCAAAGAAGAAGAGGAGAACAGGAAAGUGUCUGCUCCAAACCUAAGGGAAGAGGAGGCAGCAGUAGAUAGUAUCAGUGACCCAGGAGAGAGCUCCAGGCCAGGUUCAGACAGUGAGCCCAAUUCCACAGCAUCAGGAAAUCAUAAACAACACAGACAGAGGAACUCAAGACAGAAACAUCACCACUGCAUGGACUGUUUCACUAGUUUCUAUGAGCCACAGGAGUUGAGAAAGCACACUUGUAGGCCCCACCCCUGUUCAGAUUGCAGAGGCAGUUUUAUUUGUCCAACUCACCUCAUUCCACACCAACAGACUCUCAAAACAAAGAAGCCUUACACGUGUGGUCAAUGUGGCAAGAGAUUUCAGACCCCAAGCAUCUUGAAGACGCACCAACUUACUCACACAGGAAAGAAGCCUUUCCACUGCUCUCAUUGUAGGAAGAGUUUUAAGUUGGAAGGAAGCCUUCAGAGUCAUCAGAGAAUACACAGUGGCGAGAAGCCCUACCACUGCUCCCAAUGUGGGAAGAGCUUUAGUCAGGCAGGACGGCUAAAUGAACACCAGAAAUAUCACACAGGAGAGAAGCCAUACCACUGUGAUCAGUGUGGGAAGAGUUUCCAUCAGAUGGCAGAGAAAAGCAGAGCACCAGUGUGGGACUAUUACAUCGAAUUGGCACCAGGGAAAGCAAGGUGUCUUAUUUGUGAUAAAGAUAUAAGCAUGGGGUCAGCAAUGGCUAAAUCCAAAAAUACCACCAAUCUGUGGAAUCACCUUAAGAACACCCAUCCAAAAGCCCAUAAGGAAGCAAUGAUGAAAAAAGCAAAGGCAAAUUCUUCACAAGGAAAAUGUGAUACAGACACAUCACAGACAUCGCAGGCUACACUCUUGCAACUUUUUAAUAAACAAGCAAAAUGGCAGGACAAAGACCCGAGGGCCAAGAAGAUGGAUGAAGCAAUUAUUGAGAUGAUUGCCACUGACAACCAGCCAUUUACAGUGGUGUCUGACGUUGGUUUUCAGCGGCUGAUUAGUCUUGCUGAACCCCGGUACAGGAUCAAAGAUGAAAACUUCUUUCGCACAGAAAUGCUAGAUAAAACACAUGAAAGAGUUGUGAUGAAAGUGAAGAAUCUGGUGGCACCAGUGAACGCUCCACACAUGGCAUUCACAACUGACUGCUGGUCAGGCACUACAGAGUCCCUGAUGAGCCUUACUGGACAUUUCAUUGACAAUUUCUGGACAAGAAAGCAGGUUGUGCUGAAUGUCAAGACUAUGACUGGAUCACACACAGGAAACUACAUCAGAGAGAUGUUUUUGACCAUGUUGGAAUACUGGGAAAUCCACACAGAACGUGUAUUGUUGGUCCUCAGGGACAGUGGGGCAAACAUGGUGAAAGGUAUGAGACUGGCAGAGCUUCCAGACUUCAGCUGCAGUGCACACACCCUACAGCUUGUAAUCAAUGAUGGCCUAUCCAGUCAGAGAGCUGUGCUAAACAUUAUUGGCAUGUUGAAGAGCUGUGCAACUCACUUUGACCAUUCUGUACUGGCCAAACAGAGGCUGAGGGCCAUUCAGGAAGAGCUCGGCCUUCCCAAACACAGCAUCAUGCAAGCAGUUCAAACUCGCUGGAACUCAACACUACACAUGCUGCAGAGGAUGUUUGAACAGAGGCGUGCACUGAAUGUGUAUGCAGGUGAAUACGGACACAUCCGCGGUUUGUCUGCUGCACAGUGGGACAUUGUCUCUAACCUAAUUGAGAUUCUGGCACCUAUGGAAGAGGUGACACUGGAGAUGAGCCACUCCAACUCUACAGCAGCAUGCAUCAUCCCCAGUGUGUCGGUGCUGAAGCUGAUGCUGCAGCAGGAGGGUUCUUCUACUCAAGGCAUCAAAACUUUACGGAAGACCAUGUUGGACAGUCUGACAAGGAGGUUCUCCAAGGCCGAGGAGACAAAGUGCCUGGUUCUGGCAACUGUCCUGGAUCCACGUUACAAGAGCUACGCCUUCCCCUCAGGGACAGCACUAGAGAAAGCAAAAGAGUGGCUGAAGGAGGAGUCUGACCUACUAAGGAAACCAAAUCCCAGAGCCACAGCAGAAGGGACGAGUGAAGAUGAGGACCCAGAUCCAGGUGCAAAGAGGCAAAGAGUCCAGGUAGAUCAGCCACCCAGUCUGGUGGACAGCCUCUACGCUAGAAUCCUUGGAAGCCAAGAGGGCAGGGCUGAAGUCCAGUGCAGUUUUGAAACUGAGUUGGAGUGCUACCUCACAGAGCCUGUCAUUGACAGAAAGAGCGGCUUGCCUUUGGAGUGGUGGAAGCAGAAUGAGGACAGAUUUCAAUCCCUCGCUCCACUGGCAAAGAAGUUUCUCUGUCCCCCACCUUCUUCGGUCCCAAGCGAGAGAGUGUUCAGUGAGGUGGGGAUAAUUUAUGAUAAGUGUAGGAGCAGACUGACAGGGGACCAGGUAGACAAGCUCUGCUUUCUGCAUCACAACCUAAAACUUCUUAACUGGGAAUAUUGAAGACCCAUGAAAGCUGCUGGUUCCUUUUAACAUGUGUUCUCAUGUUAUUUUAUGUAUUAAGUGAAAAUUAAAGUGUUCAUUCAGUAUUGUUGUAAUUGUCAUUAUUACAAAUAUAUGUAUGUAUGUAUGUAUUUUUUUUUUAAAUGUCCGAUUAAUCGAUAUCGGCUUUUUUUGGUCCUCCAAUAAUCGGUAUCAGCGUUGAAAAAAAUCAUAAUCGGUCGACCUCUAAUAAAUAGACUUGCUAAAUUGCCAACAAUUCAGCAUUUUGAAAUGCCCCUCUGUGUCACUUCUAGGAAGAUUUUAACCCACUUAAUCCCAAAAUGUCUCCAAGCUUCACCACCGUUGUAAAGCGUUGUAAACCCCUAGUUGUUGCUUUGACAGUCAUUUCUGAAGAUUGUUUUUAUUUCAUGUGGAAACAUUGAACGUGUAGUAGUGAACUCAGAGUAAAAGCAGAUGAGCUGCUUCUUUUUGGCCAUUUCCUGGUGUUUGGUUGUGAAAACUGAGUGGGAUCCCCUGUUAGCCAGGCUAGAAAUGUUUCAACUAUUUUUGUGAAGCUUGCAUUCAAUUGCCUGAUGGACACAACAAGCUUUCAUUCCCCCUGUCAUAAGGAGAUUGAUGGCUGAUUUAAGAAGAAAUCACCAACCCUGCACUUAAUCGCCACUUACUACAGCCAUUGUUUUAUUUAACCUCUUGAGAUGGGAACACAUGUUUUUAUGAAGUUGAACAUGUGCUCUUUAUGACAUAAUGUAAAAAUUAUGGGAAAUCAAGUUUUUUUAAAAUUUUUUAACCAAUUUUACACUUCGCAAAAGGGACCAAAUUGGUGUAACGACCCAUUAUAUCCCUGCCUCUUGGCAAUGUUCUGCCACAUCAACUUCAAACCCAGGUGUGAAAGUCGAUUUUAUUACUUGGCGGUACAGACCUCCUAUGUACAUUUUUAUGUUGUUGAUGGGCCUAAUUAGUAAAAUACGUCUUUACACUUUUAACGCUCUACUGCACGCAUUAAAAUAGGACCAUGCAACAAAAACUUUUGGAUUUGUUUUUCUCACUUAAAAUGGCCCCAAACAGACAAAAGUAAAAAAUACAUUUUCAAAUGUGUAUAUGUUGCCAUAUGGCAACACUGUGCAGCAACCGUAACAAUAUGGAACUACUAAAAACAUUGUUCAAUGUGAUUUUCUAAAAUCAAUCAUUUUAUUUCUUUAACUGUUGAUUGUGCUAUUUGAAACAAAUAAAUGUAUUUGUAAAAAUAUGUUGUUUUCUAAUAGAAAUUAGGAGAAUUGCCUACAGAGGGGCGCUGUGGUCUAAGGUGUGACAUCGUAGUGAUUGAGGCGUCACUACAGACCCGGGUUCAAUCCCAGGCUGCGUCACAACCGGCGUGACCAGGAGUCCAUUAGGGCGGCACACAAUUGGCCCAGCAUCAUCAUUUCUGUCUGUAAUAUACUCUUUGUGGGGGGAAAACAAAUUCUUAUUGGCUGGGUCUGGCCCACCCACUGGGGAGUUUAUGCCCAUCCAUGGCUGCCCUGCCCAGUUGUGUGAAAUCCAUAGAUUAGGGCCUAAUGAAUUUAUUUCAAUUGACUGAUUUCCUUAUAUGAACUGUAACUCAGUGAAAUUGUUUCCUGUUGCGUUUAUAUUUUUGUUCAGUAUAUAUGUCAGCGACAGAACAAUUAAAACAUACUAUUAAAAACGUGA